AUGGAUCAUGAAGAAGAAUUUUUAAGCACAUUUUUUACUCUAAUUACUCAGUUAUGUUUUGAAAAAGCAAAAGAAUCAUUGGAAAAAGAACGUGAAUCAUGUCGUUCAACACAAAUGGGACCAUGGGGUAUGUUAUUGAUGCAUUUACCUCAGAUAAUUGUUGCAGAACGUUCUUACGCAGACUUAGGAUUUUUACAUACGAAAAACAAAGGAUUCCUUCGUAAAGAUAAUUCUUUAAAAACAAUUUAUGAAGUACUGAAAGGUGAUUUAAAAAGAGUCGAGGAAAUGACACGAGGUACUAAUAUAAUAGGUGCUACAGUAGCUGAUGUUUCUAGUCAACUCUGUCAAUUUAUAACUGCUAGAAUUCAAUUAAUUGAAUUUUAUGAAAAAAUGUAUCAUUCAAGCAUCGGUAAUAAGGCAAUGAAAUAUCAUGAAUUAUUACAAGUUAUUGAAGGAAUUGUAGAAACACAUUCACUGUCGUGUUCUCAUUUGGCAUUGACUGCAAUUAAAGCUGCUCUUACAUUAGAAUGUGAAAUAUUACUUCAACUAACAAGUGCGCAAGUUGAAAUACAAAAUUGGCGAUUUUUAUCAUCAUUAAUGGCGCUUUAUGGCGCUCAAGCCCGAAUGUCUGCGUGGGAAAAAACUUUACAAAGUAAAGAAUCCUGGAAACUUGGAUUUGGAGCGACAUUUCUUAAAGCCAAUCAACAACCUGCAUUGUAUCAAUGGCUUGUAAAAUUGCGAAGUGCGACAUUAGCUAAAUGUUCUUUGUAUUUUCACACGACUUUGAGUCAACAAGCCAGUCCAGGAGAGAUGAGAAAUAUAAUGAGCAAACAAAAUAUCGAUUACUAUCAUAAAAUACAGAGCUUCCAAAGAAAAUGGGAUCUUUUAGCAGUUUUAAUUAUAUUUGACGCAAGAGAUGCUGAAAAUUCCGGCUCAGGAUAUCAACAUCCAGACAGAGAAACUGAAUCAGUUGAAGAAUUUUCUAUUGUUGUUGGCUGUCCAAGUGUUUUCUUACAAAAACCAUCGGUACAUUGGGAUAAUAUUAAAAAGGGAAUAAAAGAACACAGUGAGCUUGUCAAUAUGGAUAAAAUAAUUUAUAUUAAAAGUGCAAAAAAUGUACAUACAAAUUCAUGUUCUUACGCAAUGACAAACAUCGAUCCUAAAAUGACAUUAGUCGUUGCAUAUGAAAGUGGAAAACAAAAAGAUAAAGACUCUCAUAUUGUCACUUUUAUGACUGAUUUGUCCACACAACUUCGGUGUAAUAAAAUUUAUGAGAGUUUGAAAUUAUCUAAGUAA